AUGGCGCCUUCAAUAUUCCUCUCGCCAGUCUUCCUCUUUGCCUCCAUCACCACCGUCCUCUACUUUGCUUACCGUACCAUCGCCCUCUCUCUUGCCCGUCGCCGCUUUAUCCGUGAAAAUGGAUGCCUGCCUGCAGCAUCUCUCAAGAUGCGCGACCCCAUCCUGGGGAUAGACGCCCUCCUGUCCACCAUUCGUGCCGGCAAGAAGCACCAGCUCCUGGACAUGCUGACCGCCCGCUUCACCGAAACCAACAGCAAGACCUUCACCUCCAAGCGUCUCGGCGCACAUGCCAUCAUGACGAUGGAGCCUGAGAACGUCAAGGCCAUCCUCGCCACACGCUUCAAGGACUUCGCCAUCGCGCCGUUCCGCCAGCCCGCACUGCAAGGUUUUCUGGGUGAUGGUAUAUUCACAACUGAUGGCGGUCACUGGGCCGCGUCCCGCGCCAUGAUUCGGCCAAACUUCGUGCGCGACCAGGUAGCCGACUUACAGGCGUUCGAGUCGCACUUUGAGGACCUGAUGGCGGCAAUCCCCAAAGCCACGACGACGGACGCCUCGUUCUUCGACCUCCAGGAGCUCUUCUUCAAAUUCACCAUCGACUCGGCCACAGAGUUCCUCUUCGGCAAGAGCGUUCGUAGUCUGCGUCCGGGAAACAGUGAUGAUGCAGGAGUUAACAAGGCGGAGGCCAGCUUUGCCGAGGCCUUCACCGUCGCCCAGUCCGAGGGACUCGACCUCAUCCGCCUUGGCCCGCUCGCGCACCUCAUCGGCGCCAACAGGGCACGAAUCAGCACCGGCGAGCGUGCCGUCGACGUCGUGCACGCAUAUGUUGAUCAGUUCGUCGACGAGGCGGUGCGGUUCCGGGAGGAGGUAGCGGAGAAGGAUCAGAAAAGGGGAGAUGUCGAGACGGGGCAGGACGAGGAGAAGUACGUCUUCUUGCAUGAGCUGGCAACACGCACGACGGAUAAGAAGCGCCUGCGCAGCGAGCUGCUCAACGUGCUGCUCGCCGGACGCGACACGACUGCCAGUCUGCUUGGGAACCUGUUCUUCGUGCUGGCCAGGCAACCCGAGGUGUGGCAGAAGCUACGGGAGGAGGUUGUGACGACCCUCCAGGGAAGACGGCCGACGUAUGAGGAACUGCGGAACAUGAAGUACCUGAAGUGGUGCUUGAAUGAGUCCCUCCGCCUCCACCCCGUCGUCCCCCUCAACACGCGCAUGUGCGUCCGCGACACGGUCUUCCCCACGGGCGGCGGCCCGCACGGCACGGCGCCCGUCUUCGUGCCGGCCGGUACCAUCACCUCGUGGUCCGUCUGGGCCAUGCACCGGCGUCGCGACAUCUUCGGCGCCGACGCCGAAGACUUCCGGCCGGAGCGCUGGGAGCGCCUGCGGGUCGGCUGGGAGUAUCUGCCCUUCAACGGCGGGCCCCGCAUCUGCGUCGGCCAGCAGUACGCCCUGACCGAGGCCAGCUACGUCGUCGUCCGCCUCGCCCAGGAGUUUGAGCACCUCGUGCCCCGCGACGGGGAGGAGCAGUGGAGGGAGCAGGUCGCCUUGACGCUGUGUCCCGGCAACGGGUGCUGGGUGAGGUUGGUGCCGCCUUCGUCAUCGUCAUCAUCGUCGUAA